UGGAUAACAACGCUCGCGAUGAAGAAGCCGGCAUACCUCCGAGUCAACUAGCCCAACGGCCGCGUACCUCAGUCCCGUCGUUCCUUUUCAUCAGCUUCAUGCUCUUCAUGCUCACCAGUCACAAUGGCGACGAAUUCCUAGCCCGACAUCAGUACCAAGACGCCUUGCAAUCUCUCACUUAUCAACUCUCCAACUAUACCUCGUGGAUGAACGGAACUGUCUCUAACUUUACCCUGGCGGACGAAGACACAACCUUACCGCCAUUGUUGGACACGUUCAAUGUUAAAGGGAAGCUACUCGAUCCUUCUCGCGAAUCAUACUACUCGAACGUCACUGGAUUCAUACACGGAGACUCAGAGUUCACAAACAUCACACUGCCUGGAUUGGAGAAUAACGAGACUUUGUCGUGGAAAAAACAGGCGGAGAGCUUCAUGUCUGGUGUCAAUACGACAGAUAUUACGGAAAGGCUGGGGUCGUGGGACUGGAACACAACGACAAAGGUCGCUCUGAGCGUCGUCGAGAAGAAACCCGCAGGUUCAGAGAAUGCUGCAUUACCCAGCACAUUUGUUACUCUUGUCCAUGGCAGAAUCGAGCUAACAGACCCUUCUGACUCCGAGAACCUGCGCCUUGAAUUCGAAGGAGUCCACUUCAUUGCUAAUGGUUCAAUCUAUGGGUUUGCAGAACCAGCCGGGCGCCACAUCGAUAUUCGUUUGCUACCUUCCCUUGUGCCAGAAGGCGUCAGGAACGAGACUAUACGAAUUAUUGAACCUGAGCUUCAGGCCAGAAUCAACAAGUUAACCAAUUUGAUUGAUGCUGGUAUCAUAGACUCAGAGACAUCUGGAAAUGGUGAAGCGCCUAAGACGACCUGUCCCUUCACUUUCCAUGCCCAGAUUCACGCUGUCCCUGUUCCAGAACGCCUAAUGCAGGAACUGGAGGAUGAACUGCAGAACCCAACUGGUAUUCGUACCGUUUCAACGCCAAGGUUGUCUAUUAGCGGUGUUCUCAUUAGUAAGGAAUGCGGUAUUCUAUUUGAGCUAAAACGAACGGAAGGCCUGAGGUCACGCACAUUUUUCCGCAAAGUUACAACUUGUGCUGGUCUUACCGCAAUCGCCUACCUUGUCAUAUUGAUACUGUUCUCGAAACAAGCAGAGCGAAGUCGAACACCAUCAGGGAUCUCUCGCGUAUCUCGUUGGACCUUUCUUGCGCAGGCAACGAUGGAUUCAGUCUCCUUUGCUGGUCACAUCACCUUUGCCAUUCUAGCAGAGGGCCGUCCGUCGUUAUCUCUCAUCGCUCCUGCGUUCUUGGCUUGCGUUGUAUUUACCUACGAAGCUGAAUUCUCUGCCCUCGUUCACCAGAUCCAAGGCCCGGAAGAUUAUCGGCCACCAACCCCACCACCACCUCCUGUUGCCUCUAAUGCACCCACAGCAACCCCAAGAACACCAGACUCGGCUCAGCAGCCACUUCUACCCAUUGCCUCCCCUACAGUGGCAACACCCCCUAAUCCUAGCCUUAAUCCUGCUGCCAAUACCCAGCAGCCAACUACUCUUCUUCAAGCUGCAAAUAACAGCCCGCCGACGUCAUUUUUUGCGUUCUUUAUACAUCAUAUCAGGACUGAUCCUCAAGCACGAAUGUGGCUUACAUUGAUCGUUUUCCUGACGUUCAUCGUCCGAGUACUUUUAUCUCCGAUGCUUUCGGUGCUAUUUGUUGCUUUCACGUACUCUGGGAUCUGGCUACCUCAAAUUGUUCGGUCUGUCCGCCGUGGACGUAGCAGUGGACUGUCGAAGGAGUACGUUCUUGGAACCACGGUUUGCCGUCUCUUCAGCGCACUCUGUUUUCUGGCUUGCCCGAGGAAUGUCCUGGAGGUGGAGCCACGACGUUGGGUUUGGAGUCUGGCUCUUUUCGUUCUGCUCCAGGCAUUCGUCGUCAUCCUUCAGGACAUCCUGGGACCGACAUUCUUCCUUCCAGCCCGGGAUGCACAAGCCAAAUCAUACGAUUACCACCCCCCUAUGCCUCUUCCCGACUCGGAAUACCCUGAACAGAGUCUCGGAGAUUGUGCUAUCUGCAUGGAUGCCAUUACGAUCGAUCCUGCCUUGCGCCGGCAAUCCAAGUCUCUCGACCUCAGAGAAGGUUGGGACGAGAAGAGCUCCUCGACGACAAAUUUCAGGAAAGGUAAGGGUGUGGGCAGUAUGCUGAAUGCGAUGCACAUCGGCGUUGGGGCGAAGACCGCACGAAAGAAUUACAGUCUGGCUCCUUGUUCUCACUUAUUCGAUACGGAGUGCUUGGAAAAGGGGUUAGCAAUCAAGGACAUCUGCCCACAAUGUCGCAGGCCCUUACCGCCUCUUUGAU